AUGGUUAAUCUCUGGGACAGCGCUAACGUAGCCAGACAAGGAGAACGCUUCGAUACCACAGCUGCGAGAGAGUGGGGUUAUGUCAUCAUCCAAAGACAUGAUUGGCGACUCGAGGGUAAGAUUAGCUCCCAGGCCCAUGAGCAUAAAUGCUACAGCUCGACGUGUCUGGUGGAAACCACUCUGGGGCAUAUGGCCCAGCGCUAA